CACCGGCGCGUCCUGUGGGUCACGUCUCUCCGUCUCUCCGCGCUGAAUCGGUUCUCCUUUAUUUGAUAUUUUUCGGAUUAUUCCAGAGGCAGGUGUCCUGUCUGACGCGUCAUCGUCCGAACGCCGGUGACAACUCAUACCCCGAGCCGCACUGUUGCUCCACAUCUCCGCAGCAUCAGCAGGCUGGGUCAGAACUGGUACCACGAUGCCCAGCUGAGCGCCUGCGUUCUGAGGUUGGCCUCUCAGACAGCAGAGGGUCAUAGCUACAAACACAUCAUCCACCCCCCCCUCCCAGCUGGAGUAAACAGCCAUCCUUCUGCCUGCAUCCAUCUAAGCAGCAGUGAAGACAGACAGAAAACAGGAAGAAUCAGCCUGUGUGUGUGUGUGUUUGUGUGUGCACAUUCACUUUAGCCCCCUAGCCCAUUUUCUUUGUGUGCGCAGUGAUGUGUGGCUGUGUCAAGGUGCAGAGCUGAGAGGAAGACGGGAACACUUUAAGUCAGCUAAACGGCAUCUAGCCCGUGAGACUGUGUUUGUGUGAGUUUUGAGUUUAGCUGUGGACCAGGCUAUGAGGGAGAGCUGCUGGAGACUGGGUUGAUUUGAGUGGGACAGGGAGAUCUGAUAGGAGGCGCGGCCAUGGGGCUCGGACAGUCCAGCAAGACCCCAGUCACCAAUGACACAGACGAGGUCAAUUUUGACCAUUUCCAAAUCUUGAGGGCAAUAGGAAAAGGGAGCUUUGGAAAGGUCUGCAUAGUGCAGAAGAAAGAUACCAAGAAGAUGUAUGCAAUGAAGUACAUGAACAAGCUCAAAUGUGUGGAACGGAAUGAAGUGAGGAAUGUCCUGAAGGAGAUGCAGAUCAUGCAGAACCUCGAGCAUCCUUUCCUGGUUAAUUUCUGGUAUUCAUUCCAGGACGAGGAGGACAUGUUUAUGGUGGUGGACUUGCUCCUGGGUGGAGACUUGCGGUAUCACCUCCAGCAGAACGUGCACUUUACAGAGAGCACUGUGAAGCUCUACAUAUGUGAGUUAGCUCUGGCUCUGGGAUACCUCCGCUGUAAGCACAUCAUACACCGAGACAUCAAACCUGACAACAUUUUGCUCGAUGAGCAUGGACAUGUCCAUCUAACAGACUUCAACAUCGCAGCUAUUGUAAAGGAGGACCUGAAAGCAACAUCCAUUGCUGGCACCAAGCCAUACAUGGCUCCGGAGCUAUUUCAGAACUUUGAAGGAUCCCACCCAGGCUACUCCUUCUCUGUCGACUGGUGGUCACUUGGGAUUACAGCCUAUGAGCUACUUAGAGGACAGAGACCAUAUGUGAUGCGGUCUAAUACACCAUCUAACGAGAUUCUUCAGAUGUUCCAUAAAAUCCAUCCCACUUAUCCAGCAGCCUGGUCCUUGGAGAUGAAGUCUCUUCUCAGAAAGCUGUUGAGCAUAGAUGUCCAGAAGCGCAUCUCCUGUCUCGCAGAGCUCCAGGAUCUGGACUACGUGUCAGAUGUCAACUGGGAUGCUGUGCUCAGCAAACAGCUUUCUCCAGGCUUUAUUCCCAAUAGACGGAGACUAAACUGUGACCCGACGUUUGAGUUAGAGGAAAUGAUUCUGGAGUCCAAACCACUGCACAAGAAGAAGAAAAGGCUUGCAAGAAAGACCAGAGAACAGGGGUCUGAUGGAUCCCCUCAGAGUGGGCUGUUGCAGAGCCGAUUGGACAACGUCCAGAGAGACUUCAUUGUCUUCAACAGAGAAAAGACUAAAAUGGCAUUAGUGGAUUCUUCAGAACUAUCCACAAGUGAGAAGAACAAGGCAAUAGAAGACGGACAGAACAACAACGUUGAGCCAGCUUCUUAUUUAUCAGGAUAAUGGUCUUAGGUCCUCCAGCUCAUUUCUUGCACCUGCCUAGCUUGCAGAUCAGCAAAUAAACAGCCAGACACCAUAUUGUACAGUUAGCACAUGGCUUCACAACUGGUGGUUUUCUAUGUCCCUACACUCUAAAUAGUGUACAAAAACAACACUGUAUGCACUCAUUUUAACACCACUCAAUCCAAAAAGACAAGACAAAGCCACAAGUCAGUGCUGUAGAAGAGAAACAGACUUCUGCAGCAGCAGCAACAUGACAUAGUUGCUUCAGUGUCACCAAAAAGGACCGCCUGAGCUGCAUGCUUCUUAUUGUUCUCUCGCACAGCCCUCUGGUGCCUGAUCAGAGCGCUGCACUGAGGGAAAAAGAAAAAAAACAGAUCCCUGCUGAAAAAUAAGAAGCUGAAAUCUGAGUAUUUCGAUUCCAACUUGAUACAUUUUCUGGCUGUGUGUAUUUACACAAAACACAGUUCUCUGGUUAGACUAACAACCAUUUGGGUAGAAAAAUGUUCUCUAUGUGUCCUGACUAGCAUGACGGACGUAGCAACCUUAAAAGUUAAUUAGAUAAAACAAGUUAUUUGUUUUUUAAGGCAGAAAACUUCACUUUAUCAGAAUUAGUAAAUGGCUUUGAGCAUGAAUGGCUCACUUUAUCAAAGCAGCAGAUUAAUAGCUGUAGUAAUCAUGAUGCUUAGCUUUGCUAUAAGCUAGAAUUGAUAGCAGGCCUGUAGCUUUUCCGAUAAAGCCCUAAGUCCAUCUCUGGCUGAAACAGACGAAAGCUGCUGUCUUACACUGUGUACAGUUCAAGUUUAAAUGUAUCUAAAGAAAGAGUUUAAAAAAAGAAAUGUACAUGGGGUUGUGUGGUUUUAAGCUGUAGAAGAGGAACAUUCGGAAUAAAGUUUUAGCUAAAAUAUUAGCAUUUUGAGCAAAUUUUUACAUCAGUUUGGGGCUUCAGAGAGGGAAAAAAAGAGUAGAAAUGUAUUUUCUGCUCUGACUCCUGCUUUGCACAUGCUCUUCAUAACUUGUUGCAUUUAUGCACAAAAAUAAAACUGUGAGUGAUUUUUUUCCCUUAAACAUGAAUUCAUAGAUGUGAAUUAAGCUAACUCCUGCACAAAAAGUUUUAAGUAGUGUAUUACUGUCCUUUUACCUUUGUGUAAAAGUCGUAUAUAUUUCAUUGUACCAAACAAAAUAGCUAUUUUCAGUCUGUUUCAGGGUUUAAAAAAAUUGCUUCAGAUAUUAUAGCCAAAACAGCACCCUUUGUCUUGCUGGCUGAACUUUUUCAAAACUGCAGCCAAAAAUGUAGAAAACACUUGCCUCUGAAGCUUGCAGAGGGGAUGCCUUACACCAUAAAUGACACACAGCUUAUUUCUGUAUGUAUUUGAAGUGACAAACCUACCUUGUUUCAGCCACCUAAUAAAAAAAUGGUGUGAUUUGUAAUGCUUCAUCACCUUCCGGGCCUUGGUUUUUAAACCUGCACCAUGAAUCAACCCUUUCACACCUGUGAUCUGUUGUAAAAACUUCACCAAAACCACAUUUAAUUCAUUAGUGUUUCUGUUGUUUCUAUUGAAAACUGGGAAAAUGUUUUGACCUUUGUGUUGCUGUUGUCGCUAACGUAGCUUUAUAGAUCCAAAGAUGGUUCCCUGUGUGAGUUGUGGGACAUGUUUGGGAUUGUUAAAUGAGUGGAUGGUGGCUUUGGGGAUACCUGGUCUAAAUCAUUUGAGAUUUUUUUUAAAACAGCAUAGAUGUUUAUUCAGGGGUACCCAAUCCUCGUCCUCGAAGGCCGGUGUCCAGCAUGUUUUAGUUUGAACUCUGCUUCAACACACCUGAUUUCAAUCAGCAGGUGAUUAACAGGUUUCUGCAGAGCCUGAUGAGAUGCUGCACAGGUGAUUCAACCAGUUAAUCAAGUUUGUUGGAGCAGAAAAACCACAAAACCUGCUGGAUACCGGCCCUCCAGGACCAGGAUUGGGCACCCCUGUUGUAGAUUGUUACCAGCAAUGCCAGAUAUAUUUUUUGUUUUAUUUUCUGAUCUUCCAUACAUAUAUGGUAAUUGGCCUGUAUUUGGCACCUUCUUAGGGUUCAACAACCCCCCCAAGGUGCUUCACAACACAAUCAGUCAUUCACACACACAAUCACACGCUGGUGAGGUCGAGCUACGAUGUAGCCACAGCUGCUCUGGGGCACACUGACAGAGAGUAGGCCUGCUGAGCUCCGGCACCACCGGUCCCUCCAACCACCACCAGCAGGCAAGGGAGGUUGGGUGUCUUGCCCAAGGACCCAACAGCAGCAUUCUCUGGUUGGAGCCCAGAACCCACUCUACCUCCUGAGCUACUGCUGUCCCCAAACCUUCACUGACAAAUAGUAUUUAGGCCAGGUAAAACCCAUUCGAAAGAUAAAAAUAAAGUAUUUAAAUAGGCUAAAGCUACGUCUGAGAACAGAAUUGUCCCAAUCCUGUGAAUUGUUCUACAUUGUUUUGUCCUUCACUUGUUGUGUGUUUAUUGUAAUCAAAUGUGAUGGAGCUGAAACUAUUAAGGUGUGCCUUAAAUAAUAAAUUUCUUUUUUGAACUGACAGAUAUUUUGUUUAAUCUUAAACAUUUUUUAAAAAUAAUUAUGAAUGAAAUGGAACUCGUUCAAAUCUUAUUUUUAUACCUGCCUUACAGAAUGCUGCCCUCUAGUGUUACAUGAAUAGUGUAACAAACAUUUAACAAUACUUGUUGUUUUAACACGUGAAUAGAACUUCUCAUAGCUAGUCUUGCACUUAUCUGAACGAGUUUCCAUUUUUUUUCCUGAGUGACUCCUUCUUUUUAUCUUUUACCAGCGAAUAAAGAACCGCUGCUCUGGGUCAUCUAGAGGGCACCAUCCCUUCUUUCCUCCACAGCAGGCUUUACUAAGGCAGCACUUUUUCCACAUUAAUAGCUGAACUGGGGAAAGAUCUUCUCACUUGAUGAAUGCUUCUAAAUUCUGUCUGACAGGAGCUCAGAUAAGCCAAACCAUAGCAAAUAACAGAGUUAGUAAUAUGUUUACAGCAAGAGAGAGAGAGAGAGAGAGAGAGAGAGAGAAAUGGACCAACGUGCAGCUCAAGUCCUACUUAGAUAUCUCAAUACUCUGUUCAAAUGCUAAAUAUUAAUUUUGUCAUUUUUACAUGAAUAAUUUUACCUCAACAUAUUUUCUCAUCCCUUCACAACACAUGUGCUGUGGUAUUUAGAUUUAAAUUUUAUUUAUAAAAAUCAUACUUUUAUUAUUUCUACUAGUUGGACCAUUUUUGUGAAGACUGGAUAACACAAUGUGACUAAAUCACAGCUAUUAAUACAGUUUAAACUGAACAGCAGCUACAAGUUAGCCGCAGAUUUGAAUCCCAGCAGAGGCAUUCUGCAAGGAGUUUCCAUGAUUUUAUCAUAGAAAACUGAUCCAAUGACAGAAUGCCAGCUCACUGAGUGGGUGGGACUUAUCUUAGGGUAUAAAAAAUGAUGUAUGGAGAUGUUUGGGGCUGUAUUGACAGCCGACCUGGGGGUAGUAGCCUCAGGGAGUCCAGAGGUGUGUUCACUGUGACAAUAUUUCUGCCUUUUCACUUUAUUGAACCUACUGAAUCAUGGUGGUUUUUGGAGUUUAUCAGUGACAAGGUAAGAGUGUGCUGGUCGAGCCCUCACCUGGGAAAAAGAGCCAGGAUGUGAGGUCCGCUAGCUGGAGAUGAUCCGACAAGAAAGGAACUUUCUAUGGACCUAAAUCACAACUUCCAUGGAACAUGAGUAGGAACUUCACCUUUCCCCAAGAUAGUGAUCACUGUGGAAAAAGCACCAGUACCACAUUUAAGGGAUUCCCUCUACUGAUAAACACAGUUUGGAGUCAGUACAUUUUAGAAAAUAUGAAUAAAAAAUGUUUUCCCCACAAAGACUUUGCUGACAUUGACUCAUGUAACUAUAAAAUUGGUGAGUUGGGACUUUUUGCUUCCCCCACCACAUCUUUAUUGUCCAUUUCUGUUAGUUAUGUCCAAAUCUUGCAUGCCUAUAAAUAAAAAAAUUGACAUCAAACAGGCCACAUCUGUUGCAACUCAUGUUUAUUCAGGAAACAAACGAUACUACCACACCUUGGUUUUUCACCUGUCAUUUCAGGGUUCGGAUCUUUAAAGUAAAAAAAUAAACAGUGACAAAGGUUCUCAAACCAACAUAAAUACAACAAAACGCCACCUGUGCUAGCCUCAGAUUGCCAAAUAAAACCAACCUCUCCUUCUAACCUUCCCCACACAACUGCAUAACAAAAACGGCACCAGAAUCCUCUGCCUGAGCAGAAAACAGCAGACAUAAAAACGAGCUCUAAUUCCCUCCCUCUUCGACCGAUCAGAACCAGACGACUGGGCUGAUUGUUUUUUGUUAUUCAGCUGAUGUUGAAUGCAUAAAAUACUUUAUUAUAGGGUUGUAUUGGAAUGCUAAGAGAAUGGUGUCCUUUACUGGGAGCCCAGUUGGGAGGGAAUUAGAAAAAUGAGUAAAUCUGGAGGUAAAGCACCAAUAUCUGAGAUCAGAUUUAUUUAUUUCAUCGGGUCAUUGCAUCUGCAAGACUUCUUGUCACAAGUUGCUUCACAGAACAGUGAAUUCCUCCUCCUGGUGAUCAGUUUUCUACUUUUAAUUCACCAAUCUGUUUAUGUUGAGGUGAUUGCAUGGUUAGUUGCAGCCAGUAUGCUAGAAGCAAAUGCAAAGGACUAUUUCUUGCAAUGUUUUGUUAAGAUGCAGAUGGAAUGUAGACAAAUAAAAGUGGGUGAUAAAGAAUAAUUAAAUAAUUGUAUUUGUCUUUUUAAGUCUCCUCCUAAGCAGAUCAUACUUUUACUCUUUAAAAAAACUGAUAAUCAAUACGGUACAUCAGGAGAACAUCUCUGAGGAGAAGGUGGAUAAGGAUCAUGGAUCACGUCGCCCAUAGUAAUGUGGCCCAUGCAGGUCCAUGUCCAACAGCACUCCUGCUUUCAGCGGCGUUUUGUAUUUUUGCCUGGUCUAGGAAAUCCAAACAGGCUGCAACAACAUCAUUCACAAAGCUACAU